AGGAGUUGCUGCUGUUACGAUUGCUGCACGGAUGAAAGACCGGGUGUCGGUGAGGAAGGCGCUUCGACGAGGUCUAGGAAGUGGAAUAGUAAUUUAUAAGCAAGUUUCGUGUAGUUGGGGCAGUGCAGUUUUCUUUAAACUGGUGAGAGCUAUUGACUAGGAGGCCGUCAAAAACGUGGGAGUAAAAUACAGUACUGCGUAGUUAGUUCUGCUUGCACCCGAGACUGAUUACUGUACUUGAUGCAACGUAAACGAUCUUUUGACGCGUCUGAAUGGCAUUCCUGAACUCCUAGACUGAGGUGGUUUGAAGGGUGGCAGAAAGGCAGAUAUAUCCACAGACACCCCUUCAAUUCACUUUAGGACAGAGGUACUAGGUAAGGUGAAAUGUGGAGGGUAUUCGUAUGUAUAUCUGUUCCAGAAGCAAACCCCAUUUAGUUCCGUGGAAAUUAACCCCAGGCGGAACAUGGCAACUGUCAUCCAAGAGACUUGUACACGUCAAACUUCUGGUUCAACUUCCGAUGACAAUAAAAGACUGUCUUACCUACCUGAAAACUUAAAAGACAAACUGCUUUCAUUUCAGAAGAAAGGAAUUUUGUUUGCACUGGAAAGAGGUGGCAGGUGUAUGAUUGCAGAUGAGAUGGGCUUGGGGAAGACAAUUCAAGCAAUAGCUAUAACUUACUACUACAAAAAUGAAUGGCCUUUGUUAAUAGUGGUACCAUCCUCUCUGAGGUACCCUUGGGUUGAUGAGAUGGAGAAAUGGAUCCCAGAACUUUCUCCAGAGGAUAUCACCAUUAUUCAGAAUAAAACUGACACCUGGAGAAUACCUACAAGCAAAGUCACUGUGCUGGGUUAUGGCUUGCUAACUUCAGAUGCAAAGACUUUAACAGAAGCUCUGUACAAACAGAACUUCAAAGUAGUGGUAGUUGAUGAAUCACACUACAUGAAAUCCAGAAAUGCAUCCCGUAGCAACAUAUUGUUACCUAUUGUACAGAAUGCCACUCGGGCCAUUCUCCUCACUGGAACUCCUGCGUUGGGAAGACCUGAAGAGCUUUUCAUGCAACUUGAAGCAAUUUGCCCACGAAAAUUUGGCACAUGGACUGAAUAUGCAAAAAAGUAUUGCAACGCGCAUGUCAGAUUCUUUGGCAAAAGACGACAGUGGGACUGUAGAGGAGCUUCAAAUUUAGAUGAACUGCACCAGUUGCUAAGUGAUAUAAUGAUUAGGCGUCUGAAAAAUGAAGUUUUAACUCAGUUGCCGCCUAAAAUCAGACAACGGAUUUCUUUUGAUCUUCCCCAAACUGCUGCUACGGAAUUAAAUGUUAGCUUUGAAGAGUGGGAGAAAUUAAUGAGAGCUUCAAAUUUAGAUUCUGUGGAAAGUGACUUUUUCCAGGUGAUGGCCCUAAUUACAAGCAUGUUCAAGCAGACUGCCAUUGCCAAGGCAGGAGCAGUAAAGGAUUACAUCAAAAUGCUGCUUCAGAAUGACAAACUGAAGUUUCUAGUCUUUGCUCAUCACUUAAGCAUGCUUCAGGCAUGUACAGAGGCAGUGAUAGAAAGCAAGGCUCGAUAUAUUCGAAUAGAUGGAAGUGUACCUUCAGCAGAAAGAAUCAACCUUGUCAAUCAGUUUCAGAAGGACCCAGAUACUAGGGUGGCCAUUUUGAGCAUUCUAGCUGCUGGCCAGGGAUUAACCUUUACUGCUGCCACUCAUGUGGUUUUUGCUGAACUAUACUGGGACCCUGGACACAUAAAGCAAGCCGAAGACAGGGCGCAUCGGAUUGGACAAUGCAGUUCUGUGAAUAUCCAUUACCUUAUCGCAAAUGGGACGCUGGACCCUCUUAUGUGGGGAAUGUUGAAUCGCAAGGCCAAAGUUACUGGGACCGCACUAAAUGGCAAGAAAGAAAAACUGCAGGCACAAGAAGGUGACAAAGAGAAGUGGAAUUUCUUGAAUUUUGCUGAAGCAUGGAUCCCAAAUGAAAGCCUAAAUGAGAUAAAGAAUGAAGUUUUAUUUACUCACUUUGAAAAGGAAAAGCAGCAUGAUAUCCGUGCCUUCCUUUCACCAAAACCAAAUGCUGAAAAAAAGCGAAAAACUCUGUCUUGUGGUAAGGCUUCAGGCUUCAGUCCAGAUUCUUCUCAAGCCUCCAUUGAAAAGGACCAGGCAAAUAGUGGCUCUUUGGACUCUGAGGAACUCAUUGAGAAGGAUUUGUUUUGUAGAGAAGCAAAGAGACCAAGAGCUUUACUGCCAUUGACUCCAAAGAGCUCUCCUAAGAAAAGGAGGAACUCUUCAUUUGGAAAAGAAGGUUUUGGCACAUCAUUACCAUUUGGAAAAGAAGGUUUUGGCACAUCAUUACCUAAUUCAAGCACAGGAUGCCCUUCUGAGGCAACCUGGCACUGCAAUCUCUGCACUUUCAAUAAUAAUUCACUGCUGCCUUAUUGUGAAAUGUGUGAAUCUCCUCGGAGAAAGAACAGUAUAAAGAACGAAAGCCAGAUCAGCAAUUCUGUUUCUCCGGGGAUUGGGGGAGAAAGCGCAGCCCGAGAGAUUAUAAACCUUAAUGAUGCAGGAGGGACAGCCCAUAAAAGUUGCCGGAGAAAUAUUCUAGAGCAACCACUGACUGGGAUGUCCAGUGGAACAAAGGAAGACAUAAAUGAGCAAUCUAACUGUUGUGAGCAAGAGCUCAGAGUGGAGCAUACAGAAGCACCGGAAUCAUUCCCAGCAUAUUCUGGCCUGAAGUUCUGUGCAAGUAGGAACACAGACAGAAUUCAUGUCUACACAGUGGAUGGGGAGCCCCUGAACUGUAACUUCAUUCCGCUGGAUAUAAAAUUGGACAACUGGGAAGAUUUACCAGCGUGCUUUCAACAAAAACAGAACCGUUCAUUGAUACUGAGGUUUGUAAGAAAAUGGAGUGGUCUAACAGCCAUGAAGCAAAGAAUUAUCAGGAAAAGUGGCCAGCUAUUUUCUAGCCCCAUUCUUGCUGCUGAAGAGCUGUUGUCAAAACAACAAGCCAAGCUCAGCAGUACCAAACGGUACAUAACAAAAGAGGAUGUAGCGGAAGCGUCACUAAAGAAGGCUGACAGUAUUGGGGGCAGUGUUCGUAUAGUUACUAAAAAAACCCCAGUUGCCUUAAAUGGCCACACUGCCUCUGCUGGGGGAAAGGACAACAAUUCUACAAAGUUGGCUUCAGAAGAUAGGAACUGCCCAGCCCUCAUAUCAGACUCCAGUCAGGCUGAUUCUGUUGAGGAGCCCACCUUAGGCAAAGGCUACUUGCAAGCUGUAGAUAAUGAAGGAAAUCCACUUUGUCUUAGCUGCCAAAUGCCAGCAGUCCAGAUUGACCAGAAGUCCACCUCAACUGCCUGUGACACACGGUUUUGUUCUCAUAAGUGUCAAGAUGACUUCUUAUUCCGCACUAGCCAAAGCUACUUGAGAACUAAAGUAUUUGAGACAGAACAUGGGGUUUGUCAGAAGUGUUGUCUGAAUGCCCAGGAGCUCUACCUUUGUGUCAGAGAUGCCCCAAAGAAUCACCGUAAAAAUCUUCUGGAUAGCUCUUGGAUGUCCAAGCUUCCUUUAGCUCAGUUAAAUGAAAUUAUAUUGAACCCAACUGAAGGUCAGUUUUGGCAGGUGGAUCAUAUCAAGCCAGUUUACGGUGGAGGAGGACAGUGUUCCCUAGAAAAUCUUCAAACACUGUGUACCGUUUGCCACAAGGAGAGAACAGCAAAGCAAGCCAAGGAAAGAAGUCAAAUGAAAAGAAAAACUGUAGCUUCAAAGUAUGGAUCUGAUAUUACCCAAUUUUUUGUGAAAUUAUGAAGCUAAGAUAAUUCAGAGGCUCAUGUAUAGUUU